CCGAACACAGACCAGAGAAUGAGAUCGCUGGUGGUGUUCCUGGCUGUGUGCGCAGCGGCGAGCGCGUCACACGUGCUGCUGGACCCGCACGGGCGGCCGCUGGAGCCGGCGGCCGUGCUGGCGGCGCGCGCGCUGCACCUGCAGGCCAAGGCGCUGGAGCACGCGCCCGUCGCCUACGCCGCGCCCGUGCACUACGCCGCGCCCGCCGCCGUCUCCCACCAGAGCCGCGUGGACGUGCACUCCAGCCCCGCGCUGCUCGCCUACUCCGCGCCCGCCUACCACCACGCGCUCGCCGCGCCCGCGCACUACCUCAAGAAGCGCUCGCUGGCUGUCGGCCACUACGCCUACGCCGCGCCCGCCGCCGUGUCCCACCAGUCGCGAGUGGACGUGGUGUCCAGCCCCGCCGUGGCCCACGUGGCGUACUCCGCGCCCCACUUGGCGUACGCCGCGCCCGUGCACUACGCCGCGCCCGCCGCCGUGUCGCACCAGUCCCGCGUGGACGUGCACUCCAGCCCCGCCGUGGUCGAGUACGCCGCCGCUCCGCUGCACAACGCCUACUCCCACGGCUACUACGGCCACUACCUGAAGAAGCGCUCGCUGGCCCUCGCCCACGUGGCGUACGCCGCGCCCUCGGCCGUGUCGCACCAGAGCCGCGUGGACGUGGUGUCCAGCCCCGCCGUGGUGGCGCACGCCGUGGCCCCCGUGUACCACGCCGCGGCGCCCGUGUACCACGUGGCCCCCGCCGCCGUGUCCCACCAGUCCCGCGUGGACGUGCGCUCCUCGCCCGUGCACCACGGCUACGCUCCUCUCGCUCACUCCUACGCGCUGCACUCCGCCCCUCUCGCCUACUCCAGCCCGCUAGUCCACGCCUGGUGAUGCAAGCAGCCAACGACCAAACAAACCAAUGUAAAUAAAUAAAAAUACAAUUAAUAUAAUUUA